UUUUUCUGAAGUUGCUUUUCGUGUCGCCCUUUCAGCCACGCAAUCUGUAGAUCAUUCACUUGAUGGCCUGCCCAAAAAACUGGAAGAAGGCAAGGACAAGAAGGGCACCUGCAGCCUCUCCCGCAUGGACAGCACCACCUGCCUCUUUCCCGUGGAAGAGAAAGCCGUGGAGUACUACUUCGCCUCGGAUGCCAGCGCUGUGAUUGAACACACCAACAGGGUGAUUUUUCUGGAAGAUGAUGACGUGGCAGCCGUGGUUGAGGGCCGCCUCUCCAUACAUCGGAUCAAGCGAACUUUUGGAGAUCAUCCUAGCCGGGCGGUUCAGACCCUCCAGAUGGAGCUGCAACAGAUCAUGAAGGGCAACUUCAGUUCGUUCAUGCAAAAGGAAAUAUUUGAGCAGCCAGAAUCUGUCGUGAACACCAUGAGAGGGAGAGUCAACUUCGAUGACUACACAGUGAACCUCGGGGGCUUGAAAGACCAUAUCAAGGAGAUCCUGCGAUGCCGGCGUUUGAUCCUCAUCGCUUGUGGGACAAGCUACCACGCAGGCGUCGCUACUCGCCAAGUGCUGGAAGAACUGACGGAGCUGCCUGUCAUGGUGGAGCUGGCCAGUGACUUCUUGGACAGAAAUACUCCCGUCUUCCGUGAUGAUGUCUGCUUCUUCAUCAGCCAGUCAGGGGAGACGGCCGACACCUUGAUGGCCCUUCGGUACUGCAAGGAAAGGGGAGCCCUCACAGUGGGCAUCACCAACACCGUCGGGAGCUCCAUUUCACGGGAGACGGACUGCGGGGUGCAUAUCAACGCAGGGCCAGAGAUCGGGGUGGCCAGCACAAAGGCCUACACGAGCCAGUUUGUCUCCCUGGUAAUGUUUGCGCUCAUGAUGUGCGACGACAGAAUUUCUAUGCAAGAACGGCGGAAAGAAAUCAUGCGAGGCCUCAAGUUGCUGCCAGGCUUGAUCAAGGAAGUGCUGAGCAUGGACGACGAGAUCCAGAAGUUGGCCACUGAGCUCUACCAACAGAAGUCCAUCCUCAUUAUGGGGAGGGGGUAUCACUACGCGGCCUGCCUGGAAGGCGCCCUGAAAAUCAAAGAGAUUACCUACAUGCACUCGGAGGGCAUCUUGGCCGGUGAGCUGAAGCACGGACCCCUCGCCCUGGUGGACAAGCUGAUGCCCGUCAUUAUGAUCAUCAUGCGGGACAACACCUACGCCAAGUGCCAGAACGCCCUGCAGCAGGUCAUGGCGCGCCAGGGGCGGCCUGUCGUGAUUUGUGAUAAGGAAGAUAUCGAGACCAUCAAAAAUAACAAGCGCACCAUCAAAGUUCCCCACUCGGUGGACUGUCUGCAGGGCAUCCUGAGUGUGAUUCCUUUACAGCUGCUGGCUUUCCAUCUGGCCGUUCUCAGGGGCUACGACGUUGACUUUCCAAGAAACUUGGCCAAAUCUGUCACGGUUGAAUGAGGUGCUCGCCCAAGGUUGACACAAGGGAUUCCCCCUCCCCCUCCUCCUUCACUUCUCGUACUGAAAAACGCUGAUUUUAGAAACAUUUCUCCCGUGACCAAUUCUUACUUCCGAUGUAGAAAAACCUUUAUACUGUAAUUGUUGCGCUUGUGAUAGUUAGGAGCUGAAUCCACAAAGCUCCUGGUUAGCAUGGAUCAGUGGCAGCGAAGUCAAGAGUCCUGGGUUUUUUUCUCCUUAUUUUCUUUUUUUUAAAAAAAAACCUGUUUAUUGUAAAA